AUGUCGCUGCUUAGUAGCUGGUGUAAAGGGGAGGGAGUAGACCCGAGGCAUGCUGUAGUGGUCAGUGAUGUUCCCGAUGACAUUGAGGUAGGUGAAAUAGAGAGUGCUCUUCAGAACAUAAAGGUUUUGGGGCGUGUACGUGUGCGUGGUUGUAUGUGUGACCCCCAGACUCAGAAGCUGGUAGUGCUUUGUGAGUGCAGAGAGGUGGUCAGAACACAGGCCCUGCCUAGUGAAGUGAAGCCAUCUGAUGGCAGUAAUCCAUGGGCACUUAGCGGGCCAGAUGAUGACACUACAGUAGUGUUCAAGAUCAAGAGCACCAACCCCUCAACCCCAAAGCUGUUGCCAUGUCCCUCAAGAAGUGAUGCCCAGAGUGAGCCUCCUCCUCCUGAUGCACCAGCCUCCAUUCCAAUGGACAUGUUCUUCAAGGUCAUAGAGAACUUCAUUGAGAAGACCUCAAGACCAUAUGAGGGCCAUGCAUUCAAACGGCUUCGUGUGUUUUCCGGGAUUUUCCCCACGCCUGCUGGAGAGGAGAGUUUGGACACCUGGUUAGAGCAGGCCCAUCUGAUGAUUGAUGAGAGUGAGCUCCCUAGCCGUGAGAAACGGAAGAGGAUCAUCGAGUGCUUGAAAGGCCCAGCUUUCGAUAUAGCUCAGGCUGUCCAUAGUAAUGACCCUAACGCCACCCCUGAUGACUUCCUGACUGCACUGGAAAAGGCUUUCGGCUCCACAGAGUCUGGAGAAGAUCUUUACAUAGUGUUCCGAUCCAUGCAGCAGCAUUCUGGCGAGAGCCUGUCCGACUUCUUGAGAUGCCUGGAACAGAUGCUGACCAAAGUUGUUCGGAAGGGAGGACUUCACCCGUCACAGAGGGACCAGGCCCGAGUGGAACAGUUACUGCAUGGUACCUUUGAGUCAGAGCUGAUGUUAGUGCAGUUGCGCCUUCGAGAGCGAAGAUGCAACCCCUCCACUUUCCUGGAGCUGCUAAACGAGAUUCGUGAAGAGGAAGACCACCAGCUUUUGCGAUGCAAAUCAGCCCCCUGUGCACGUAAAGCUUUUGUGCGCCAGCUUAAUGCAACAGAGAAUACAACCUCCUCCACCUCUGAAGCAGCCCAUCUAUGGUCAGAGAUUGACAACUUAAAGGCCCAGCUCUCCAGGCUUUCUGCUCAGAAGUCAAGUACACUGGCAGACACCGUAGAGGAGGAGCCUAUGCAGUCCAGAGGGGUGAGAGCUGAGAAGAGGAAUGCAACCCCUGACCUUCAGCAGCAGGUUAAUGAGCCAUGGCUGUUACUCUGA